AAUUCUCUUUUGUACAGUUUCUCAUUCCCGAGAUUCGAAUACAAUAAGAAAAUAAUAAAACCAAACAGUAAAUAGGAGAGAAGAAUAAAAAUGGCUACACUCCCACAAUUCGCAAUCAUCUUAGCCGGAGCUCUCUGCUUCCUGUCUCUAGCUGAUGUCGCCAACUCCCAGGGCCCUGAAUUCAUCGUCAAGGGAAUGGUGUACUGCGACGUCUGCCGUGUCAAUUUCUUCAAUAAAUUCAGCGAGCCUAUGUCAGGAGCACAAGUGAAGUUGGAAUGCAAAGACAAGGAAAGCGGCAAGGUGACAUACCGCAUGACGGGUGGUGAAACCGACGACAAUGGGAUCUACACGUUGCCGGCGGAAGGUGAUCAUCUUGGGGAAGUCUGUGAAGUGACACUGGUGAAGAGCAGCAGGGCGGAAUGCAGCGAGAUCCCAAUUGAUCGAUCCGGAAAGAGUCCAACAUCUGAAGUAACCCUCGUCGCCACUAGUAGCUUCAUGGAUAAUAUCCGUCUCGCAAACCCACUCGUCUUCACCAGGAAGGAAGCCCUGCGCAAGUGCAUUGAAUUCUUAAAGGAUGUCCAAAUGACCUUGGCACGAUUAUGAUCGAGUUUAAUUUCUUAUAUUUUAUCCAUGUGUUGUGGGUCUAAGUCUAGGGCCUUCUAUGAGCUGAUGUCCUUCUUACAAUAUGAUCGUUAAAAUUUAAAGUGUGGAGAACAAAGUAUAUUCAUAGAAAUCAAUUAGAGAAGGAAAAAUUAGGCUUUAUUCAUCUAAAAACUCAAAUACUUUAUUCA